AUGGAUGCUAUCCAAGCUAACAUUUUGGCAGCGCUGAAGAACGUCCAGGAUGACAUCAAAAGAGAGUUUAACGAUAAAAUCGACACUCUUAAGACUGAGGUGAGCGGUUUUAGAGAGGAAAUUGUCGGAAGACUGGAAGGGCUCAACGCAGACUUAAAUGGCGUCACACAGAGAGUUGAGGAAGCCGAGCAGAGAGUGGCGGACAUGGAGGAGUUCAGUGCUGAUGUCAAAGACGCACUGGAGCACACGCUACAACUACAGCUCGAGCUACAAACAAGGCUGACUGACAUCGAGUCCCGGACACGCAGAAACAAUAUCAGAGUCCAUGGAAUUGUGGAGGAGGUAGAGGGAACAAGCGUUCAAACAUUUAUGGAGACUUUUAUUAAGACGGAACUCGCCCUCCCCGAAGUAAACUUAUCCAUUCAGCGAUGUCACCGCUCACUCGGCCCCAAGCCCCCACAAGGCGCUAACCCCAGGUCCAUAGUGAUCUACUUCCAAGAGUUUAAGACGAAAGAGUUGGUGCUCCGCUCAGCGUGGCGUAAAGCUAAACUACGAGUGUUCUAUGGUGGAGACGGGGACAGCGCCGUUUACAACAGCGCGGAGGACGCCACGGAGGAUCUGAAAAGAAGAGGGCUUUUGUCAGGUGUUGCCGGAGCAGCUGUGGAGGAGAUGGUCACGUCACCUGACGGAGCAAGAGGAGACGGGUUCACGCGAGUGACAAGGAAGAGGAGCAAAGAGGAGCUGACGCGCAUCAUCCAGGAGAAGCUGAAGGUGUUUAGACGAGACCAAACGAAGCGACUGGCACAUUGA